GUAAUCGUUCUUUUUAGUUGGAACUACUUUUCCUGCAAGCCUAUCUUCUCAAUUACCGGUUUCGUCCGUUUCAUUUCGUAUUCUGGAAAAAAUGGUUUUCGCUUCAAGCGCAAGUCGAUUCAAUUUUAUCAAGUGUGGGGUGCACCCAGAGUGAAUUACAUAAGAACUAGUGCAUAUAGACGAGUGAAGGUGUAUAUGAACACACGCUUGGCAAAUACGUGUUACACGAACUGAGUACAUAUAUACCAGUACCCAUUCGCAGGACCCAACAGUUUACUCGCACUGUUCGUUACUCACUUUCUACAAAUAGUGCCUCUGUCCGUUUCGAAGACGAAGCCAUUGGCCAACCCCAUCGUCAUCGACCCUUUAUAAAAGAGGCUCGGAGUACACCGUCGCCCUAAAAUAUCGUAGGAAUGUUUCGUGAAUUUCUUUUCGUGAGUUUACUGUACUUGGGAACCGGUAAUGUCAAUGGACUUCAAAGAUGGGGUACACAAUUUGGACAAGCACCUCUGUUAGAAAGAUUUUUCUGGAGAACGCUGGACUUUGCCUAUCCAGACGAAGCCGCUAGAAGAAUGGCAAUGAUGAAAGGAGAAUUUAUUCCAGAAAACGCUUUGCCCGUUGGCAUAGAAAUUUGGAGAAACAAGCUGUUCGUUACCGUGCCAAGAUGGCGUAACGGAAUACCGGCGACAUUAAACUACAUAUCGCUCGAUGCAACUCGAGGUGGCUCUCCGAGGCUUACCCCUUAUCCUAAUUGGGCGCAAAACAAAGCUGGAGCUUGUGGUAGCGCAAUUACUACUGCUUACAGAAUACACGCAGAUGUUUGUGACAGACUUUGGGUAUUAGAUACUGGUACGAUAGGUAUUGGAAACACGACAAUACAAGCAUGUCCCUACACUCUGAAUAUCUUUGAUUUGACGACAGAUAAAAUUUUGAGGCAAUACAGAUUGAGAGCUGAAGAUAUCAAUAUGAAUACUUUCAUUGCGAAUAUUGCCGUCGAUUUGGGAAAAGGAGGCUGCAACGACGCUUUCGCCUACAUGUCCGACGAACUUGGAUACGGUCUCAUCGUGUAUUCGUGGCAACAAAAUAGAUCUUGGCGAAUUAUGCAUAGCUAUUUCAUGCCGGAUCCUCUGGCCGGUGACUACAACAUCGGUGGUCUGAAUUUCCAAUGGGGUGAAGAAGGAGUUUUCGGCAUGAGUUUAUCUCCGAUCGCGGCUAAUGGGUACAGAACACUAUUUUUCCAUCCUCUCAGUAGUAGAAGAGAAUUUGCAAUUUCCACGAGAAUUCUGCGGGACGAAGACUUGUCACAAAAUAGUUAUCACGAAUUCCAGAUUCUGCCUGAAAGAGGACCACUUGGUCAUUGCACUGCCUCUGUGAUGGAUGAAAAUGGGCUCCAAUUUUUCAAUUUAAUCGAUCAAAAUGCAGUGGGUUGUUGGAAUUCUGCGUUACCAUAUGCGCCUGAAAACCACGCGGUCGUUGUUAGACACGACGAGGCACUGAUAUUUCCAGCAGAUGUUAAGGUAAAUCGUGGUUUAUUAUGGAUCAUAUCAGAUAGAAUGCCAGUGUUCUUGCUGUCAACUUUGAAUUAUACCGACGUGAACUUUAGAAUAUUAACAGUACCAGUUCGAGAUGCAAUCGCAGGUACAGUUUGUGAAAAUUCCCCUUGGGGAUAUGUUAGCAAUUCUCUUUGGUGGGAAUCAUAAAGUCCCUUGCAAAAAUUAUUAAAACAAGAAACUCAAAUGUAGAUUUAUUGCGAUAGAAACUAAUUAUACUAAUUCUAAUUCAUUGUCUUAAGAAAUCGAAUUGCUAUAUGUCAAUAUAGAAAAACCAAGUAUAGUUAUAAACAAA